ACAUCUUUGCGCCCUGAACGCACCAUCACGGCAGCACAGCACAGGCCGGCUACUCACUGUCGCUGAAGAAGGACAAGGAAGACUGUCAAGAUGUCUGACAUGGAGGACGAUUUCAUGUGCGACGAUGAAGAAGAUUAUGACCUGGAAUACUCAGAAGACAGUAAUUCAGAGCCAAAUGUGGACCUGGAGAACCAGUACUACAACUCCAAAGCCUUGAAGGAGGAUGACCCCAAAGCAGCACUUAGCAGUUUCCAGAAGGUCCUGGAACUAGAGGGAGAGAAAGGAGAAUGGGGAUUCAAAGCACUGAAACAGAUGAUUAAAAUCAACUUCAAGCUGACCAAUUUUCCAGAAAUGAUGAAUAGGUACAAGCAACUACUUACAUACAUCAGAAGUGCUGUCACAAGGAACUACUCAGAGAAGUCCAUCAACUCCAUUCUGGACUACAUCUCUACCUCCAAACAGAUGGACCUGUUACAGGAGUUCUACGAAACCACAUUAGAGGCUUUGAAAGAUGCAAAAAACGACAGACUAUGGUUUAAAACCAACACAAAGCUGGGGAAGCUGUAUCUGGAGAGGGAAGAGUAUGGGAAACUGCAGAAGAUCCUUAGACAACUUCACCAGUCGUGUCAGACAGAUGAUGGCGAGGAUGACCUAAAGAAGGGGACGCAGCUGCUGGAGAUCUAUGCUCUGGAGAUCCAAAUGUACACGGCACAAAAAAACAACAAGAAGCUGAAGGCCUUGUAUGAACAGUCACUUCACAUUAAAUCUGCUAUUCCACAUCCACUUAUAAUGGGAGUUAUCAGAGAGUGCGGAGGAAAAAUGCAUCUGAGGGAAGGUGAGUUUGAAAAAGCUCACACAGACUUCUUUGAGGCCUUUAAAAACUAUGACGAGUCCGGAAGCCCCAGAAGGACAACAUGCCUGAAGUACUUGGUACUAGCCAACAUGCUGAUGAAGUCGGGAAUUAAUCCUUUUGACUCUCAAGAGGCCAAACCAUAUAAAAAUGAUCCAGAAAUCCUAGCGAUGACUAACCUAGUAAGCGCCUACCAGAACAAUGACAUCACUGAAUUUGAGAAAAUCUUGAAAACAAAUCACAGUAACAUAAUGGACGACCCCUUCAUUAGAGAGCACAUAGAGGAGCUCCUGCGGAACAUUAGAACUCAAGUACUUAUAAAACUCAUCAAGCCUUACACAAGAAUACACAUCCCUUUCAUUUCAAAGGAGCUGAACAUUGACGUGUGCGAUGUGGAGAGUUUACUGGUGCAGUGCAUCUUGGAUAACACAAUCCACGGCAGAAUUGACCAGGUCAACCAGCUACUAGAACUGGACUACCAGAAGAGAGGAGGGGCUCGCUACACAGCUUUAGACAAAUGGACAAAUCAGCUGAACUCUCUCAACCAAGCCAUUGUUAGCAAGCUCACAUGAUGGCAUGUAAAAAAAAAAAAUCAAGAGACAAGGAGAAUGACAUGCUUGAAAUACAUCCGUAAAGUAUGCUACUGUGCUUCUUCAAGUUAUACCCUCUGAGACAAGAUGCAGCGCACAGGUUUGAGAAAUGCCACCAAUGUGAAGAAGACUCAGAGAACCUCAAGAAUGUGUUCAAAGUGUGUUGUUUUGUCCUGAUGAGAGGAAAUCACUGACACUUAUUUUUGUUUUUCAUGUUUCUGAUUGGCAGAUCCUUCCAUGUGAAACACACAUGCUUCAAGUUGUCAAAAAAAAAAUUGUGUAUAAAACCGUGUACACAGUAUUUUAAUGUAUACUGUUGCCUGUUGAUAAUAAACAAAUUCCUCUCAGCACUUAAA